AUGGAUCCCCCACCGCUCACAGAACGCCAAAUCCACGCCCUCUUGAACAUCCUAACCCACGCAGAGACCUACUCCGAAAUAGAGGCCUUUAAGCAUCCGCACACCAUCUCCCAGUAUGGCUACCCCUUUGCGCCAGCUCCGCCCGUGAGCACCGACGGCCACGACGAUGAGAAAAAGCCAGUCGCUUCGGCGACGUCACCGCUGCUCCAGACCCUCCUCGUCAAGUUCGUCCUGCCGCUCCCGGGCAUCCGGGACCUACCGCCGGAGUUCUGGAAUGUGAGGGUUCAGGGCCUGCUAGCGAAGUUAGCGGAGGAGGACCUGAGUGAGAGCUACGACAAGGGGGCCAUUGGUACUAGGAAGACUUUGGCUACCGGGGCGUCGGCGCUUAUUGAGAUGUUGGCGAGGGGGUGUUUGGGUGGGUAUCAGUGUUCGGAAACGUACUCCGAUGCGAGGGACGGGAGCGAGGAUGCGAACGUGAGCGUGAACGUGAACGGGAAUGGAGGGAAGGGCGAGGAGGUGGAGAAGAGCUUGGAGGAUUCGUGGGAGGAGUUUUUAGAGGAGCUGAUUCAUGGGGAGAUGAUUGAGGCGUUGUGUGAGUGGCUGGAGGAGAGCGAGGAUGUGGAGGGGCAUUCGGAUCUCGUCAAAGCGGCGGCGGACUAUUCUAUUAUAAACUUGGCGAGUUUGCUGCACCAUGUGUUCGCCGUCACGCCCGAGGGCCAGUACGUCCUCAGCCUGUUCCGGAACUCGCACCGGCUUAUUCCCUACGGGAUGAUUCGGCAGAUUCUUAAGUUUGGGAAUGCCGCGACCAUGUUGAAUUCCCUGCUGAAACUGCUUCUUGCAAAGUUGAGCUUGGGGUCGUUCUCGAACUGGGCUGGGUUGACGUCGAAGGCGGACGAGGGGAUGAAUCUACUUCAGAGAAUCAUAUCCGGAGUGAUGUAUUGGGAUUCUUCCGAAUUCAAAAAGACAGCCGACAAGAUCGAGAAGUCCAAAGCAGCGCCAAGUUCAAAGCACCUAAAAGCCAUCCGAAAACACGCCCAAGGCCCCAGGGAAAAGCGUCUCGAAAUACGGCAACUCAGCAUCCAGUCUUCAAAAUCCAUAAUCUUCUCAAUCCUCGACGACGCUCACCCCAACCUAUCCUGCACCUUAACGGAGACGCAGCACCACGAAUGCCUCCAGUACUACGCGGCGCACCUGUCGACGCGCGACAGGGACGUCAUCGUCAACACGUUCUGCCGACAGACGCCCGAUCUCCUCACGCAGGCCGUCCGCGACGUGGUGGGCGUGUACGAGCCGAUGAUACGGAAUAUACACGACAAUAUUGAUUUAGCGGAACACCUCGACGCGGCGAAGGCGUUCAUAGAAGAUCUAAUCGCCGUGAGCUCGAGUAGGAAGGUAUCUGGAGAGGGAAGGGAAACGGCGAAGAACGGACACGGACACCGGGAUGACGACGGAGCGUACGAAUUACCGACGGUGGAAGAUUACGUGGAUUUGCUCCAUCGCCACAAGGGAUCGGUGUAUAAGUGGCUGCACCACGUUUCCAACAAGUGUCCCGAGGUCAGGGACAUGGUGAAGGAAUGGGCCCAGGGAGCCGCCGAAGUAUUCCGCGCCGAGGGCCCAUCGGCUGGCACUCGCGGCGACGCAUUCACACAACACCGGCUCCAACUCAUGUUUGCGUCCCUCCCUAAGGAGAAGCAGGAUGCCAUACGACCCGUCCUCGACAAGCACUCAGACUACCUCGAUUCGCUGCACGGAAUCACGCACGCUCGCGUACAGACCAUCCUGGACAAGGCCGAGUCGAGCACGUCGUGCGGACCGGGCAUGUAUCUCGCCAGCUGGCAAUCUCUCCUGGACGAAUCUCUCGUCUCGCCGGGUUUCGAGGGAAAUAUGCGCAAGGGAAAGGACGUUAUUAAUAGAAUCACGCCGGGCAAGCCGGGGGUUGGCGGCGAGACGGCGUGGGACGGGAGUGUGGAUGUUACGCGGGCGAUGGAGGAGAUUGAGCUGGAGGAACGGCUACGGCCCGAUGGGAAGGUUGUUGUGGAUGCGUUGGGGCAGCAGUUUCAUGAGUUGCUGAGGGAGGUGGCGAAGGGGGCUGUUCGAGAUGCAUGGAGGAGGGAGAACACUUAG